CAAUGUCUUUCCACGCUGGACGAGGGUGUCCCCGGAGCAGAGGAGGAGGGGGCACAGUGAGGGCCUCGACGCAGACUUUUCGACCCCAGAACUUGAGACAGCUCCAUCCGCAGCAGCCUUCGGUUCAGUAUUCGUACGACCAGCAAUCCGUGACUCCGUCUGCCGCCUACUCGAGUCCUCCUGCUACGACCUAUGUGCCUCCUAGACCGGAUUUUGUUCCGUAUCCACCACCCAUCCCCCCGUCUCCUCCGGGUACCGUAAGCCAAUGUCCCCCGCAGCCUCCCUAUGCCGGCCACCAAGUGAGACAGAGUUUCCCACUCCCUCCUUGCUUCCCCCCGGCUCCACCACCUGUCCCGACCCCUGGCAACCCCCCAGUUCCGGCAACUGCAACCGGGCAGAACACGUUUCCUUACAUGUUGCCCCCUCCAUCCAUACCGCUCCCCCUUCCCCCGCCAAUCAUUCCUCAGCCGGUGAAUUACCAGCCUGUGUACUCCCCGGCCUAUCCGCAGCAUACCUUGCCCCCUCCUAACUUUAACAAUUACCAGCACAACGCAAACUCUUACCAAAGCGGCAGCACCAACACAAACAGCAGCGUCGGCAGCACCGGCGCGAAUUUUCGGCACUCGAGUCAGUAUUCGGCGGAAAAGUCUCCGAAUGAACGGAGGUCCCCCGAGAGGGGGAAACACUAUGAAGAGCAUCGUCACCGGGACCACUGUCGUGGGCACGGAGAUCGGCAUCGGUCCACCAACCACGCCGAGCGGCGGGACCGCGGGAGAAGCCUGGACCGGAGGCGGCAAGAAAGUAGUCGGCAUCGGUCGGAGUACGUCAGGGGAAGGACUCCGCCCCGCCACAGAAGCUAUGAAUGGUACAGGGACCGACCGAGGGACAGACACCGUCACCGUGACAGCCGACGGUCGACUUCUACGGAGAGAUCUUAUAGAAAAGAUCACAAGCGAACAGGAAGCCGGUCCCCCAGCCAAGAUCGAAAGAGAGCUCGCCGGGAAGAGGAUCGGGACCGGUGGUCUGAGAACGCCAACCGAGAGAAGAGCUACACCUCCAUCAAAGACAAGGAGCCGGAAGAGGCUGCCGGCGAGAAGAACGAAGGUGACGACGAGGACCUGCUGAAGCCCGUGUGGGUUCGCUGCACCCAUUCGGAAAGCUACUAUUCGAACGAGCCGAUGGAUCAAGUGGGAGACUCCACAGUGGCUGGAACGAGCCGAUUGAGAGACUUGUAUGAAAAGUUUGAAGAAGAGCUGGGGAAGCGUCAGGCCAAGGCCAAAGCCGCCAGGCCGCCAUGGGAGCCGCCAAAGACAAAGCUAGACGAAGAUAUGGGGAGCUCCAGUGAGUCCGAUUGCGACUCAGAUGACGACAGCUGUUCCAGCAGUUCCGAUUCUGAGGUUUUCGACGUCAUCGCUGAAAUCAAGCGCAAGAAGGCUCACCCUGAUCGCCUGCAUGAGGAGCUUUGGUACAAUGACCCCGGACAGCCUAUUAAACCCUGUCGGCUGAUGACCAACAAUGCCGGAAGGUUGUACCACUACCGCAUUACGGUGUCGCCUCCUACAAACUUCUUAACAGACCGGCCAACUGUCGUAGAGUACGAUGACCACGAAUACAUCUUUGAGGGCUUCUCCAUGUUUGCCCACGCUCCGCUCACCAAUAUCCCUCUGUGUAAAGUCAUCAGAUUUAACAUCGAUUAUACAAUUCACUUCAUUGAGGAGAUGAUACCCGAAAAUUUUUGUGUUCGAGGCCUGGAAUUGUUCUCUUCCUACCUGUUCAAAGAUAUUCUAGAACUAUACGACUGGAAUCUUAUAGGUCCUUCAGCAGAAGACUGUGAUGCUUCGUGUCCCCGAUUUCAUUUCAUGCCGCGUUUCGUGAGGUUUCUUCCAGACGGAGGCAAGGAGGUGCUGUCCAUGCAUCAGAUUCUGCUGUACUUGCUGCGGUGCAACAAGCCGCUGGUCCCCGAAGAGGAGAUAGCUAACAUGCUGCAGUGGGAAGAGCUGGAGUGGCAGAAGUAUGCCGAAGAGUGCAAAGGGAUGAUCGUCACCAGCUCUGGCAUGAAACCCAGCUCCGUUCGCAUCGAUCAGUUGGAUCGUGAGCAGUUCAAUCCCGACGUGAUUACCUUCCCCAUUAUUGUCCACUUCGGAAUACGGCCGGCGCAGCUCAGUUACGCGGGAGACCCCCAGUACCAAAAACUCUGGAAAAGCUAUGUAAAACUGCGCCACCUGCUGGCCAACAGCCCAAAAGUGAAACAGGCCGAUAAACAGAAACUGGUACAAAGAGAGGAAGCUCUGCAGAAGAUUAGGCAGAAAAACACCAUGCGGCGUGAAGUCACCGUGGAGCUGAGUAGCCAGGGAUUCUGGAAGACGGGCAUUCGUUCUGACGUCUGUCAGCAUGCCAUGAUGCUCCCGGUCCUGACUCACCACAUUCGCUACCAUCAAUGUCUGAUGCAUCUGGAUGAACUGAUAGGCUAUACUUUUACAGACCGCUGUUUAUUGCAGCUCGCCAUGACUCAUCCAAGCCAUCACUUGAACUUUGGGAUGAAUCCAGACCACGCCAGAAACUCCCUCUCAAACUGCGGCAUCCGGCAACCCAAAUACGGAGACAGAAAAGUCCAUCAUAUGCAUAUGAGGAAGAAAGGCAUAAACACCUUGAUCAAUAUAAUGUCUCGACUUGGACAAGAUGAUCCAGCUCCUUCCAGGAUUAAUCACAACGAGCGUUUAGAAUUUUUGGGAGAUGCCGUGGUUGAAUUUUUGACUAGUGUCCAUUUGUACUACCUAUUUCCAAGCUUAGAGGAAGGAGGAUUAGCAACAUACCGCACUGCCAUUGUUCAGAACCAGCAUCUUGCCAUGCUGGCUAAGAAGCUGGAGCUGGACCGGUUUAUGCUUUACGCUCACGGGCCUGACCUUUGCCGAGAAUCGGAUCUGCGCCAUGCCAUGGCCAACUGCUUUGAAGCACUGAUAGGUGCAGUUUAUUUGGAAGGAAGUCUGGAAGAAGCCAAGCAUCUGUUUGGGCGCCUGCUCUUUAACGACAAGGACCUGCGAGAAGUGUGGCUCAAUUAUCCCCUACACCCCCUCCAACUGCAAGAAUCCAAUACGGACCGACAGCUGAUUGAGACCUCUCCUGUCCUCCAAAAACUGACUGACUUUGAAGAUGCCAUCGGAGUGAUUUUUACUCACGUUCGACUUCUGGCCAGAGCUUUCACUUUAAGGACUGUUGGAUUUAACCAUCUGACUCUAGGCCAUAACCAGAGGAUGGAAUUUCUGGGCGAUUCCAUAAUGCAGUUGGUGGCUACAGAGUACUUGUUCAUCCAUUUCCCUGAUCAUCAUGAAGGCCACCUAACGUUGUUACGAAGCUCUCUGGUCAACAACAGGACACAAGCCAAAGUGGCAGAGGAACUCGGCAUGCAGGAGUUUGCCAUUACCAAUGACAAGACAAAGCGGCCGGUGGCGUUACGUACAAAGACACUGGCAGAUCUUUUGGAAUCCUUUAUCGCUGCUCUGUACAUAGAUAAGGAUUUAGAAUAUGUCCACACCUUCAUGAAUGUGUGCUUUUUCCCACGACUGAAGGAAUUCAUUUUAAACCAAGACUGGAACGACCCGAAAUCCCAACUGCAGCAGUGCUGCCUGAAGCUCAGGACCGAAGGAAAAGAGCCGGACAUUCCUCUUUAUAAGACCCUACAGACAGUAGGACCAUCUCAUGCCAGGACAUACACUGUAGCUGUUUAUUUCAAAGGAGAAAGAAUAGGAUGCGGUAAAGGACCAAGCAUUCAACAAGCAGAGAUGUGUGCAGCAAUGGACGCCCUGGACAAAUACAACUUUCCUCAGAUGGCCCAUCAGAAGCGGUUCAUCGAACGGAAGUAUAGGCAAGAGCUUAAAGAAAUGAGAUGGGAAAGAGAACAUCAGGAAAGAGAACCAGAGGAGGUGGAAGACCUAAGGAAAUAAGCAGUGGCUACAGAAGCAAACAGAUAUCUUGGUUUAUGAAAACCACCCAGAUUCGUGCAAACGAAUGACCGAAGUCUGAUCAAAAUCAUGUUUACUUUUUUGUUUUGUU